AGGUACGAAGAACGGGCCCCUGGUCUUCGGUCCUGAUCCAGUCAGACUCCGGGCCGUGGUUCAUCCUGUGCCCCGGAUCCGGCGCUCCCGGCCGGGUUUCUCCGCGGGUAGACCGAGGCCAUAACGCGGCCAUUAUGCCCCGCCCCCUGUCCGACCUCCGGAAGUCGUCUUAAAGCACAACGGAAACGAAGUUUAUCACCGAAAAAUGAAUUAAAACUGUCUUUGGCGGUCAUUGUCGGAGUCUCCGGGCCUUUAGAGGAUGUCUACCACGGCGAGGAGCGGAGACAUCAUCCACCUAAACGUCGGAGGGAAGAGGAGGCGCAGGUAUCACCAGGGUCAGAUAAGGAGUGAAAGGUUCAGUACCUCCCGCCAGACGCUCACCUGGGUCCCUGACUCCUUUUUCUCCAGCCUUUUGAGCGGCCGGAUCUCGACUCUGAAGGAUGAAACUGGAGCUAUCUUCAUCGACAGGGACCCCUCCCUGUUCGCGCCCAUCCUCAACUUCCUGCGGACCAAAGAGCUCCACCCGCGCUCCAUCAACGUGCACAUGCUCAUGCACGAAGCCGAGUUCUACGGCAUCACACCGCUCGUGCGUAAGCUGCAGCUGUGUGACGAGCUGGACCGGUCGUCAUGCGGAAACGUGCUUUUCAACGGUUACCUGCCGCCUGCAGUGUACCCGGCGAAGCGUCGGAACCGUCACAGCGUGGCCGGGUCGCAGUUCAUGGCGGGCCGCGUUGUUCCUGUGGAGCGAGCGCCGGUCCGACGCAGCAACACAAUGCCUCCGAACCUUGGGAAUUCUGGGAUACUGGGAAGAGCCAUGAACGAGGAGAGGACGUCAGGAGGGCAGUCAUCUGACCCCGGCAUGGUUCGGAUCAUCUGCGGCCAUCAUAACUGGAUCGCUGUGGCCUACGCGCAUUUCGUGGUCUGCUACAGGGUGAAGGAGUCGACCGGGUGGCAGCAGGUCUUCACCUCUCCCCGCCUCGACUGGAUGAUCGACAGAGUCGCGCUCAACGCCAAAGUGAUGGGCGGGUCGCUGGGAGACAAUGACAAGAUGGUGGCUGUCGCCUCGGUGACGGAGAUCAUCCUCUGGUCCAUUUGCCCCGACGGCAACGGCAAUGAAAUCGGCGUCUUCAGUCUCAACGUCCCCGCUGAGGCUCUCUUCUUCGUUGGUAACCAGCUCAUCGCCACCAGCCACACCGGGAAGGUGGGGGUGUGGAACGCAGUCACCAAACACUGGCAGAACCAGGAUGUGGUUCCCAUCAGCAGCUACGACACCGCCGGUUCCUUCCUCAUCCUGGGCUGCAACAACGGGUCCAUCUACUACAUCGAUGUUCAGAAGUUUCCUCUGAGGAUGAAGGAUAACGACCUGCUGGUGACGGAGCUGUACAGAGACCCGACCGAAGACGCCAUCACCGCUCUCAGCGUCUACCUCACGCCCAAAACAAGUGACAGCGGGAACUGGAUCGAGAUUGCAUACGGGACCAGCUCGGGGACUGUUCGAGUCAUCGUUCAGCAUCCAGAGACGGUCGGCUCAGGGCCUCAGCUUUUCCAGACUUUCUCUGUCCACCGCAGCCCUGUCACCAAGAUCAUGCUGUCGGAAAAGCACCUCAUCUCAGUUUGUGCAGAUAAUAACCACGUGCGGACGUGGACGGUGACUCGCUUCAGAGGAAUGAUCUCCACCCAGCCGGGGUCCACGCCGCUCACUUCCUUCAAGAUCCUCAGCCUGGACGACGUGGACGGGCACGGAGGCUGCAGCGCCGGCACCGAGAUCGGGCCGUAUGGAGAGAGAGACGAUCAGCAGGUGUUUAUCCAGAGAGUCGUUCCCGACACGGAUAAACUCUACGUCAGAUUGUCCUCCAAUGGGAAGAGGGUGUGUGAGGUGCGUUCGGUGGAUGGGACCUCCAUCACGGCCUUCAUGGUCCAUGAGUGCGAGGGCUCGAGCCGCAUCGGCUCUCGGCCGCGUCGCUACUUGUUCAGCGGCCACAGCAACGGCAGCAUCCAGAUGUGGGACCUGACCACCGCCAUGGAGAUCGCUGGCAAGGUCGACAUCAGAGCACUGGGCGGACCCACAGAGGAGGAGCUGCUGGAGCUGCUGGACCAGUGCGACCUGGCUCUGACCAGAACACCUGACAGCACACCCAGAGCUUCUACCUGCAGCCUUCACUCUCAGCUCAGCGAUGCCUUCAGGACAGAGCACCUUCGCUCUGUCGGAGGAGGACGAGGAGCAGCCGGAGGUCCGGGUUCGUCUGCGUCGCUGUACGGCAGCCUCCCCCGCCAGGCUCCGCCCCCCGUUCCCUUUGCCAAACCUGCCCGAGAAGCUGGCCUUUCACCUGGACUGCAACAAGGCCCCUCCUACCCCACCUCCAGCCAGACCAGCAGCCCCCGGCCCCUCAGGCAUCCGGACCGGGAAAAAGAGUGUGGGUCUGUGCGCAGGGGGAGCUUUGUGGAGCGCUGCCAGGAGCUCGCCAAGGGUUCAGAGGCGGCUGUGAGUGCAGGGUUCCCGCCGGGGUCAGAGGGCAUCAGGCGGAGCCUGGCGGUGUGCAGCGAGUUGGAGGCCAAAUUCGGUCUUAGGACCCCUCCCACCUUCACUGUACCCCCUGCUGCUCGACAUUCACCUGGACCGCCAUCGUCACUGUCCUCGUCACCGCUCUCCUCGUCGUCAUUACACCGCAGGACCUCACCCGCUUCCCCGCCGAGCCCUGCCUCCGCAGCGGUGAGCCCGACCCGUUCUCAGGCAUCGGUCUCCCCUCGCCGCAACACUGUGGCGUCACCCGUUGAUUCCUCGGGGACUCCUGAGAGUUCCCCAGGUCCCGACAGCCCCGUCCCUUCUGGACCGCCCACCAGCCCCAAACCACAUAUGAAUGAGACCAGCUUCUGAUUGGCUGAGCUGCCUGAGAGCUUAGGGUUCAGGUGGACACACGAUGGCUGACAAAACUAAAAGCUGUUGUCAGGUGAGAAAUGAAGAAGAAAAUGAGACGAUCAGCUCCUCCGGUGGUUACUGAUGAUGGCUCCAGAUCCACCUUCAGCCUUUAUUUCAGGUAAAAACAAGAAAAAGGCCCCAUGGCGAGGAGAAGUAACCUCUUUGGCACAAAAGUGUCUUUUAAUUAGAAUUAGAUGGUUGGGAUACGGAUGAAGACCAGGUCAGAGCUGCUGUAGGAAGCCUGGGUUUGUUUGACCACAUCAGCCAUGCUGAUGCUGAUGCGUCGCUGUUUUCAGAGUAACCUGUCGCACUGUAACGUCACAGUUCAGCUUCUGGCAGCUGAAGAGACGGACGCUUCCUUCGGGAGGCGGUGGAGACCAAAAACUGAGCUAAAAGAGGAAAAUCCCAAACUGAGACUCCUCAGGUGAUCGAGCACAAAGACCUGCUGUUUGUAGCUUUUCUAACCAGCGCUCUUUCUAACCUUUUCUAACAGACUUCACAGCUCUGGUGUUUUGUCUUUUUGUUUCAUUUGUAUGUUUGCAGACUUACCGACCCUGAACAUCUCACAGCUGCUUUGUGGAAACCUGAUAAUUCCCAAAAAUCUCCAGGAACUUCCCUGGAACAAAAACUAAUUUCCAUUUUUAAAAAAAUAUUCAUUUAUAUUAAGUUAAAUAUAUUUGAAUUGCGGAGUGUCUGAACAUGUGUGGUAGUUUUUUGGGGGGGGUUUUUCUCAGUUGCAGAUGAAAUAAAAUAAUCAAAGGGUCAAAAACUGAAACGAUUUGAAGGAAACUGAAUCUGCGUGCAUCAGGACUCAUUUCCCUGUUUGGGGGUCUUCAGGUCUCUGAAACAGCCUUUGAAGGUUUUAUGAACUCUACGUGUUUACUCUGGACGUGUUUUCAAACUCAUCAUGUCACCAAAAUAUCAAAAAUCCAAUUUAAAUUUAAAUUCUGAGCUCGUUUGAAGCUCAUUCACUGGGAGUGCAGAGGGUGUAACUGAGUUUAGGGGUUUUUUUGUAGUACACUUUAUUGCCAGCAGGGGGGAGACUCCAGUAUAGGAAUGUUAGGGGUGCGGCUCACCUGUCACCCAAUUUCUUCAUGGUGCGUUCAGGGCUGUCAGGCGAUUAUUUUUCUUAUUUUUCACGACUUUUUACUGUUUCUCAGAUUUUGUAAGUUACCUGUGAAUCCUGAUGAUGCAUUAAAAAUCCUAAUCGAUAAUAAACAAUAAUAUAUCACUCAGA